AUGAAGACCUACGCCGAAAUCAACGUCGACGAGACUCCUAUUGUUGUGCUCGGAUGUGGCCACUUCUUUACGUCAGAAACCUUGGAUGGUCUCAUAGGCAUGAAUACUGCUUACAUUCCCAACCAAGAUGGCCGUUUCACGGAACUAGCCGACAUAUCUGGCACCUUGGCAACAAAGAUACCCCAAUGCCCCGACUGUCAACGGCCCGUGAGGCAAUAUGUCACUCAACGGUAUAACCGAGUCAUCAACAGGGCCGUUAUUGAUGAGCUAUCGAAACGAUUCCUAGUGAAUGGGAAAAAUGAGCUACGACGUCUCGAGGUCGAGCUUGAAAAACUCGAAGAGGACCUCGUCGAGUCACAGGAGGGCUUUUUGGCCACGAUCAAGUUUUUGGCUGACCUUAAGAAUACACAGCCGACGAUGGUCACCAAUCGAAUACAGACGCGGUUCAAUGACUGCAACAAGCUGCUUACAGAGAUCAGCGGGUUUCUGAAGAAGGUUUCUGACAGCCACCAGCCGGCUCACAAACUCCACGAAGCCACCAUACAUGCCAUGAGGGCGAAUCAACCCGGGGCUCUAGAUGUGACAAUGGCGGGCCUGAGUUUGGAACAGCAUUCCGCCCUGCCCGUGGAGAGAGAUCGUCGUGUUAAACUUGCUGGUCAAAUGGCCCGAAUUAAACUCGAAUUUCUAAUCCUCGAAGACAAAUUUAGCAUCUUACGCGCCCUAACAUCUAGUUCGACAUGUACAAAAAUUUCACAAUGGCCAGGAGGCUCCCCGCAUCUAAUUGUCAAACCGAUUCUCAAGGUUUGUGCGGCAUUCAUCUCAAAAUGUGUCACAGAACGUCUGCCAAAGCUUGCUGUCGAGGCUACGAUUCAUCAUGCCAGAAUGGCUCGGCUCUAUCAAUCGUCCGGGCUGUCCGCAGACAGCGACAAGGAGAGGGCGGCGGAGUUUGUGGAAGAUGCGAGCAUAAAUUUGGAAAAGGCCCUGGAACUCUGCAGCCAGCCCUUCCAAAACGUGGAGCAGCUGAAGAAGGCUGUUCAGGAAUGUAUCAAGCUACUGCAAAGAGAAUGGUACGAAGCCGUCAGCGGUGAAGAACUUGCUGCCAUCAAGGAGGCAAUGGUCAGCGGGCCAGGUGCCAUUGCUACUCACUCUGGGCAUUGGUACAACUGCGUUAACGGACACCCGUUUGCAAUUGGGGAGUGCGGUAUGCCGAUGGAAGAGGCGCAUUGUCCUGAAUGUGGAGCAUCGAUUGGAGGAUUAAAUCAUCGUGCUGUGGCCGGCGUUACUCGUGCUCAGGAUAUGGAGAAUUGA